UAAAAUAACAACUUUUACUUUGAAUAUUCCCACAAAAAAAAAAAUGAGAGGAAAGAAAAAAGCUUAUAAUAAUCACAUUUUCAACAAUUUAUAUCGGAAUUACAACCCAACGUGGAGAAGCUAGCUUUGCUAUUCUCCCCCUCUCUGGUAAUUUCAGCAGAGAUUACCAGCUUCCAUGGAUCCACAGAAAUGGAUCCUCUCCAUCACCCUCAUCUGCAUUCUCGGCGUCUCCGUCUUCAUGCUCUCCGCCAUGGAUUCUUCCUCUAUCCGUACUGAAAUCAUUGGCCAGCUGAAUCGGGUCGUACCCGACGGAUUAGGCGGGUGGUCGGCGGUCCUCACCACUCCGACGACGGCAACAAAAUCCGGCGAGAACCAGAAGGGAAAACUCCUCCCUGUUCAAGUCAACCUAACGACCUGCCUCCCGACAUUCGGCCGGCCCGGAAAACCCGUUUACUGCUGCCCGCCCCGAAACAUGCUCGACGACCCGAUCGUCGACUUCGAAUUCCCCGACCCGACCCAAACCCCGAUUCGGGUCCGCCGAUUCGCCCACCGCCUCGACGAGGAAUCAAUAGCGAAAUACGAGAAGGCGGUUUCAAUCAUGAGAUCUCUCCCUUACUCCGACCCGAGGAGCUUCACCCGGCAGGCGAAUCUCCACUGCCAGUACUGUACGGGUUCGUUUCUCCAGCAGCACUCCAAUCUCCCGGUUCGGGUCCACAAGACCUGGAUCUUCUUCCCCUGGCACCGGAUGUAUCUCUACUUCCACGAAAAGAUCCUCGGAAACCUAAUCGGCGACGAAAAUUUCGCGAUUCCGUUCUGGCCCUGGGAUUUGCCCGAAGGGAUGACUCUCCCGGCGUUUUACCUAAACGGGUCGUUCAUCAACAAACAGCGCGACCCGACCCAUUUUCCACCGGCCGUUGCAGAUCUGGACUUCCAGCUCGCUGCGGGAGGAUCUACCCCGGAGGAGCAGACGGAUCUGAACCUGGCGCUGAUGUACAAUCAGAUGGUCUCCGGCGCCAAGACGGCGGAGCUGUUCAUGGGCUGCGCCUAUAAAACAGGGGAAGGCGGCGACUGUUUCGGACCCGGGACGAUGGAGCGGGCCCCGCACAACACGAUCCACAAGUGGGUCGGGUCGGAGUUCCACACGGGUAGGGAGGACAUGGGCGUCUUUUACUCCGCGGCCCGGGACCCGAGCUUCUACGCCCACCACUCCAACAUCGACCGGCUCUGGGAGGUCUGGCGGUCGACCCACCCGGAGAUGAACGACCCGGAGUUCCUCGACUCGUACAUGUACUUCCACGACGAGAACAGCCGGUUGGUCCGGAUCCGGUUCAGGGACGUCAUGGACAUCGACAGGCUCCGGUACCGGUACGAGGACGUCGAGAACACGUGGCUCGCCGCACGGCCGAGGCCUUCCGUCUCGCCGAGGCUCGCCCGACGAGAAAUCAGGAAGAGGGAGGAGCGGCUCGAGCUCCCCAGGAGCCACUUCGGUCCGACCGGUCGGGUUCUCGAUUCGACCGUGACCGUCCGGGUGGUCCGACCGAGGGAGGUUCGGAGCAGGACCCGAAGGGAGAAGGAGCAGUUGGAGGAGAUAUUGGUCGUGGAAGGGAUUGACGUGAAGUCAGACGAUUUCGUGAAGUUCGACGUCUACGUUAACGUCGUGAAAGAUACGAUUAUGAGUCCGAAGUACCGUGAAUUUGUCGGUACGUUCGUCGACAUUCCAUCGGGGUCGUCGGUGGGGAAGAAGAUCACGUUGAAGCUUGGGAUAUCGGAGGCAUUGGAGGAUCUCGAAGCGGACCAAGAUAGGGCAAUUUGGGUGACGUUGUUGCCAAGGACUGAAAAUUGCAAUAAGGUAAUAGUUGAUGGGUUAAGAGUUGAGUUUACUAGGAAAUGAAGGGAUUAGGUGGUAAGUAGCACCUUUAAUUAAUA